AGAGAAAUUAGUGGCACCUGCAGAAGAGUAGGAACCUCUGCUUCUCCUUGAGACUCUUUCAUUCUUUUAUUUACUGUGAAUUGGAGAAACCACAGGCUGAAGCUGGGUCUGAGGCUACAUUGUAACAAUGUUUGAUCUGAAAAAGAGGAACAGCUUGAUUCUGAGCUGUGGUCGGGAGAUGGAGGAAUUCAGACGUGUGGCAGUCAGACGAAAGGUGAAAGGAACUGUGGUGGAUCUCCACACCUUUCAUACAGUGCCUUCUAACCCUGUUCACCUCCAGAGCCCUCUGAGAGCAGGACAAGAUCAAGGCCACAGUACCACAACAGAAGAAUUAUUACCUCCUCAAGCUAAUGGCACAGAGGAAGACAAGAGUCCCACCAGAGGUCUUGGAGACUGCGCUUUCUGUUUCAGCCCAGCACAGAAUGACCUAGGCUCCCCUAGUCCUGUCAAACAAGCAGUGAGCAGUGUUUUGAAUGAAGUAUCAGGAGUGUACAUCAGCCCUGCCAGACAUGCUCAAGGGACUCCAAAUCUUGCAAGCAGUCCAGUUUUAGGAUCUCCAAGUCCAGGCAAAAGAGGCUUUCAGAGUUGUAGCCCUUUGAGGGAAGGAGAGCAUAGCUCUGCAAAGCUGUCCCCAAGAAACUCUUCCCCAGGAAAACUGCAGACCCCCACCCCUGUUCAAGGGAAGAUGAGUGGCCAUAGCCCUGCAAAGAACUCUAGAUCCUGGCUACAACUGCACCGAAUCCCAAGCAGUAAGACAAGGCAGGAAAAGAAAAUGGGACAAUCUUUGAGCUUGCCUGAUCUGAUUGUUGACUUGGAUGAGAGCAGGAUUGAACGCUCUUUACUGGAACCACUCCAGUCAUCCAGCUGUAGUGGGCCUGCCAUCACCAUCAAAGCACCAACUGACCUCGGUCAUAGCACAAAUAAAGGUCAUAAUUCCCCAGGAAAAACUAAUGGUGUAGUGCAGGGGGACGAAUGGUCUGUACUAAAUGGGAAGGGAAUAAAUGAUAAAAUGGAAGAAGGCAUGCUGCCCAUAAGGUAUGGCUCAAAGUUUUCCUGCCAGUGGAAUGGGUCAACUACAGAAGACGGGAGGAUUCAUGAGGAGUCUAGGGGUGAACAAAAUGAGGAGAAGAGUGGAGGAGGUGAGCCAAAAGAUGAAGAGAAUACUGAGCAGAAAUUAUACAACAUAGCAAAUGAACUCCUGCAGACAGAGAGGGCUUAUGUGGCUCGUCUCCACCUGCUAGACCAGGUGUUUUUCUUGCGCCUGACACAAGAGGCAGGUCGAGGCUCGUUUCCUGCCGAGGUGAUAAGAAAUAUCUUCUCCAACAUUUCCUCCAUAUACUCCUUCCACAGUCAGUUUCUGCUGCCUGACCUGGAAACCUGCAUCAGCCACUGGUGUGAGAGCCCAGGCCUAGGUAAAGUUCUGCUGCAACACGCACCUUUCCUGAGGAUGUACUCAGACUACAUCAGAAACUUUCAGCAGGCCAUGGUGCUAGUGAGGACCUGGACUGCACGCUCAUCUACCUUCAGAAACAUCAUCAGGGGCAUAGAGAGUCAGGAGGUGUGUGGCAACCUCACCCUUCAGCACCACAUGUUGGAACCGGUUCAAAGGCUUCCUCGUUAUGAGAUGCUGCUGAGGGAUUACCUAAAGAAACUGGCUGAGGAUAGCCCAGAUUAUGAGCUUGCUCACAAAUCCUUGCAGACUAUUUCCAUGGCAGCCACCCACUCCAACAGUGCCAUCCACAAAGCUGAGAACUUGAAGAAGCUGCUGGAAAUCUAUGGGAUGGUUGGCGACAAGGAGGUGGUCAACCCGACCAACGAGUUUCUUAGAGAAGGUCGUCUGCUCAAGCUUGCUGCCAGGAACACGUGUGCCAUGGAGAGACACCUGUUCAUGUUCAACAACUUUCUGCUGUGUUGCACUCCUAAGUUCAGCCUACUUGGGCUACGUUUUACUGUCCGGUGCAGGAUUGGAGUGGAUGGCAUGGAGGUGCAGCUGACCACCAGCAAAGACCACCCAUACACCUUUCAGGUCUCUGGAAAGGAGAGGACCCUUGAGCUACAAGCCAGCUCUGAACUGGACCGAAAUGAGUGGAUAAAGGUGAUUCAAGAAGCCAUUGAUGUGUUUCAGAAAAAAAAUGAAACCUUCAAAUUGGCUCCUAAGGAGAUGAGUGUAGAAGAACAAGCAGAGGAACUUGGUCAACGAGCCCCACAUUGGAUCAGGGACAGUGAGGUGACCAUGUGUAUGAAAUGUCAAGACCCUUUCAGCACAUUCACAAGAAGACAUCAUUGUCGAGCCUGUGGCUGUGUGGUGUGUUGGAAGUGUUUAGACAACAAAGUGGCUUUAGAGUACGACGGUAACAAGAUGAACAAAGUGUGUAAAGCCUGCUACUCUGUCCUGACAGCUCAGAGAGGAGAUGGAGUGGAGGGCAAGAAAAGAAAAAUGCUGGAGUUGGAAGCAUUUCCAUUGUCCACUGACACUGCAAUAAGUGGUUUGCACAAUAUAGUGACAACACCAAGACCUGGCAAUGAGUGUGGUCUGUCACCGGGAGGGAACCCCCAGGCCUCUACGUGCACACUGCUCCACAGGAUGUGAAGCCCCUAUCGUGUAUACCUGCCAUGUUUUUGUCUCAGCUGACCCAAAACCAUCUCAACUUACUCCUGGCCUGGACCCCAGCAGUGUUGGCUGACUCUUUGCAGAGUUGUGAACACAACUCUGCUAGGGAAUUUAUCAUAACCAGCAAAAAGGAAGCCUACUCCUGAAUAUUUAGGCACUGUGGAAAGUACUCAUACAAGCAUGCAAACAAACCUAACGGAUGAAACGAGUCCAUUACUGUUGGACAUUAGCUUUGAGCUAUACAUGUGAUAAAUGAAAUUGAAUAAAUGAUGAAUACAAGAUAUUCAAAUGUUUUCUUUACAAGUAGCUGUACACUUUAUUUCUGAAAUGGUUUAUAGUAAAAUAAAUAAAGUGAAGGUGUUUUAACAUGA